AUGGGUUCCGUAGGCUACCAAGAGUCACUCAAUGACUUCAAAAACCCACUCAUAUCAGAGCGUGCCAUUGACGAGCCCCGACCGCUGAAAGUCAUUUAUAUUGGCGCUGGCGUAUCAGGUAUCAACGCUGCCAUCCAGUUUCCAAAAUAUGUACCGAACCUCGAGCUCGCGAUAUAUGAUAAGAACGACGACGCUGGUGGAACGUGGUGGGAAAAUCGAUACCCAGGCUGCGCGUGUGAGGAUAUCCCAGCUCACUCGUACCAACUGUCAUACGAGAGCUCGACUGAGUGGACGAAAUUCUAUGCUGGUGCGCCAGAGAUAUUAAAAUACUGGCUGCGCAUAGUAGAGAAAUAUGGGUUGCGCAAAUAUAUGCACUUCAAACACAAGGCCGUUGAGGCUCGAUGGGACGAACUUACCAGCAAGUGGCACGUCAAAUUCGAAAAGACAGACACUGGCGAGAUUAUCGAGGACAUUGGCGACGUCUUCAUUACCGGAAUUGGCGCUCUAAAUGAAUGGAAAUGGCCCGAUAUUCCAGGUUUGCAGAGUUUCAAGGGUCCCAGGCUGCACAGCGCGAACUGGGACACCUCUUUUGACCCCAAGGACAAAACUGUGGCUGUUAUUGGUGCUGGCUCCUCGGGCAUCCAGCUCGUACCUGCCUUGCUUCCACACGUCAAAUCUAUGGACCACUACGUCCGUGGCCGCACCUGGAUUGCCGCCAGCUUUGGGCACGAGCUGGUCCGCGAGCGCAACGACGGCAAGGAUGGAAAUUUCACAUACACUGACGAGGAGAAAGCGGCCUGGCGUCAAGAUCCUGAUGCAUACAUCAAAUACCGCAAAGCCCUCGAAUGCGGUAUGCAGGGAGGCUACGCCGUCACGCAGAGAGGUACCAAGGAGCACGCUGCAGCUUGGGAGGCGUUCGACGCAGAUAUGAAGCAACGGCUGAGCAAGAAGCCGGAGGUGGCGGAGCAUCUGAUUCCAAGUUUCCCGCCGCUGUGCAAGCGAUUGACACCCGGUCCAGGAUAUCUGGAGGCCCUUACCGAAGAGAAGUGCAACGUCGUCCACGACAAGAUCGAUAGGAUUGAUGAGACAGGCAUAUGGACAACGGACGGCAAGCAUCGCGCUGUUGAUGCCAUCGUGUGCGCUACCGGCUUCGACACCAGCUUCCAAGGCCGCUUUCCCAUCAUUGGUCUGGGCGGCAAGGUUUUACAAGAACGCAACAAGGUUCGGCCAGAGACAUAUCUUUCCCUCGCAGUUGAUGGGUUUCCCAACUUCUUUCAGAGCCUCGGGUCUAAUGCUGGUGUGGGCAACGGCAACUUGAUCAUCCUUAUUGAGGCCAUUGCACUCUAUAUCGGGCAGAUACUGCAAAAGCUGGCACAGGGAAACACACUCACCGUCAUGCCGAAAAAGCAAGUGGUGCAGAACUUCACCAACUAUUGCGAUGCGUACUUCAAGCGUACGGUGUUUAGCGCGGAAUGCAAUUCUUGGUACAAGAGCAGUCCUCCUGGCACGAAGCCAGAAGAUAGGCUGAAGGGCAGAAUCUCCGCAUUGUGGCCAGGCAGUAGUAUACAUGCCGUAAAGGCGCUGGAGAAGGUCAGGUGGGAGGACUGGGACAUGACCACCGCGGAUGGCAAUGACUUUGGGUGGUUUGGUGAUGGGUGGUCUGUUGCUGAACGGAUGGGUGAUAAGGAGGGGAUCAGCUGGUAUCUCAACGGAACAAAGUUCGUAGAGAAGUCUCUAGAAGAAGAGACAAAAGAAGUAGCAGGGGCCCCAACCUUGAAUGGGCUGGAUGUCAAGGAGAACGGAAGCAUCGUGCAGAACGAUGUCGAGGUGGGGAGAAUCCCGGAUGGCAUUGCUGCGACUUAG